AUGGGCAAUUGCACAAUACAGGCAAGGGAAGCUGAAGAUAAAAGAACUCCAAAGGGGUACUUCGUGGUUUACGUAGGUGAAAAAUUCCAAAGAUUUGUGAUUCCCACAUCGUAUUUGAAGAAUCCAAAGGUCCAAAAACUGCUUCAAAGCCGCAGAGGUUUAUGGAUAUCAUACUCAGAAAGGCAUCGCAUUACCGUGCGACUUGUCAACUUUUCAUCGAUUCGUAAAUUUCAAAGGAAAGUGAUUCCUAGAUACAUGAUACUGUUUUUGAGCUUAAGAUUGUCAUUGAUGCUGUUCUUGGAGUUGUCUUAA